UUUUUUCUUCAAUCUUAUCAAUUUCAAUUUUCAAAGAAUGCUAACAAAAAAUAUAUAGUAUUUUCUCAUUUUUUUGGUCUUUUUUUUUAAUUUUUAGUAAUUUCUAAAAGUUUUUUUAUUCGAAUAAAUAUUUAAUCAUGAUAAAAUGUCGGUUAAUUUAUCUGAUUCCGUCGUUUACUGUCGGUCCUACAAUAGACAAAUAUCUACAGCUGUCACGCCUAAACGUGUUUCAUUUUAUGAAGAUGUGAAGCCUAUUGAUGUACCUCUUGUUCAGGUCACAAUGGCGAAUCAUGGCGAAAGAGGAAAUCCAGAGGGUCAAGAAGAUCCACAUUCACGAGAAUUACUCUCUAAGAAAAAUCCAGUUUUAAAACUGAAAGAAAAAAGAAGAUCGUUGUACAUGAAUAAGUCCAUUGAUGAUAAUGCUCAACAGGUUAUUUCAAGCUUAAUUAAAUCAGAGGUAGAAAAGAAAGAAUGGUACUAUAGAUGGAAUAAACAUAUAAAUUUAGAAUCGAGUAAAAUUACUGAUAUCAUAAAGAGAGAUUUAUUUUUAUUGGCCAAUGAAUCUAUUUAUAAAGUAUAUAAAAUGUUGAGCAUUUGUGGAUCUCCUUUAUUAAUUAUUAUAACAAAUAUAAGAUUUUGUGUGUUAACCAAAAACAUUCAUACCAAACGUUUAGAGUUUAGCUAUAGCUCUCAUUUUAAAAAUUUAGAUGUAAUUAUUAUGGGACCUAAUGAACAAACUGCUAUAUUUAUCAGUGAAAAAUCUAAAAAAUUUACCCUUAUAACUGCAAUUGAUACACAAACUGCUACUGAAAUGAUUGGUAGUAUGGAAUAUUCUUUUAGAAAAAGUGGAUUUUAUGAACCAAAUAAAGCUUUCGUUGUUAUACAUGUCUAUCAUAAUGAAAAACUUUAUGAAACAAUUAAAAAUUGUGUAUCUUUGGCUAAGGAAGAUAUCUUUAAGUAUUACACAUGGUUAUGGUGCAUUAAAGAAACUGAAUCUAUAGUUUCCACACCACCAUACAUUGAAGAGUUUUUAAUGGUGAAAAAAAAUUCUCUAUGGAAUCCUAUGUUCGUAUGUUUGAGAAAUGAUAUUUUAUAUAUCUUUAAUGAUUCUUCAAAUGAUUUACCAAUUGAAACUAUACCAUUAAGAUUUGGUCGAUGCAAAAAUAUUAGACAAAUUAAUUGUGAUCGUCCAUACUCAAUUGAAAUUACAUUGGUAAAUUGUUCAAUUAUUUUUGCUACAGCAGAUUGUCAUCAAGAAGAAAAAUGGUUGAAUGCAUUAAACUAUAUUUUUUUUGAAAAAAAAAAAUUGAAGACUUUUACAACUUUACCUAAAGGACAUUGUUGCUUAUUGACUACCAAUCAUAUGAUUUUAUAUGAUUUCCCUCAUAGUAUCACAGAUCAUAAGCAGUUGAUAAACUUGGAUUCAAUUCAAUAUUCACCUUCACCUACACACUAUUAUAUUAUACUUGAAUGGGCUUGCUAUGAUGCAACAAAAGAAGAAAGUUGUAGCAAUUGGACUGUGCAUUUUACAUGUAAGACAAGCUGUGAUGAAUUUAUUUUAUGGUUGAAUAAAUUAAGACCUGACCUAACUUCACAAGAAUUAGUUGACCACCAGAUUGCUAAACGACAUUCAAAAUUAAAUGUUAUGUUACGAUGUUCAUUUGCUUAAAUAUUUUUAUUUUGUUAUUUUAUCUUCAUUUUUAUUUCUAUAUUUGUAUAUGAACAUAUAAAUGAAUAAUUGUUAGUUUCACUUUUCUUGUAGUUAAUAUUUAUAAAAAUUAUAUUUUUUACAAAAUAAUUUUUAGUUAUUAUAUGUUUGAAGAAUUUAUACAAAAAUUUAGUGUUUAAUACAUGGUGCUUAUUAAAUUUUAGUUUA